CCUCAGGACGCCAGCAGUCCGGUGUCUCUGCUUCAGGGGAAGAUCGCCACGUUCGAGCCGUCGCAGCGUCAGACGGGAGCCGGCGUCAUCCCCUGGUCGCCUCCCCAGGUCAACUGGAACCCCUGGACCAGCAGCAACAUCGACGAGGGACCGCUGGCCUUCUGCACUCCGGAGCAGAUCAGCGGCGAGCUGCAUGACGAGCUGAUGUACCAGCUGGAGCACGACGACAACCUGCAGAAGAUGCUGUCGGCCCGUGAGCAGCUGCCCGUCAAACAGUUUGAGGAUGAGAUCAUGGCGGCCGUCGACUCGAGCCCGGUGGUGAUCAUCAGAGGAGCGACGGGCUGCGGGAAAACUACCCAGGUGCCCCAGUACAUCCUGGACCGCUUCAUCAAGGGGGGCCGAGCGUCAGACUGCAACAUCGUGGUCACCCAGCCCAGACGGAUCAGCGCUGUGUCCGUGGCCGAGCGAGUCGCCCUGGAGAGAGGCGAGGAUCUGGGGAAGAGCUGCGGCUACAGCGUCCGCUUCGAGUCCGUCCUCCCUCGUCCUCACGCCAGCAUCAUGUUCUGCACCGUCGGUGUGCUUCUGAGGAAGCUCGAAGCAGGAAUCAGAGGCAUCAGCCACGUUAUCGUCGAUGAGAUCCACGAGAGAGACAUCAACACGGACUUCCUCAUGGUUGUCCUCAGAGACGUAGUCCAGGCUUACCCAGAGGUCCGGAUCCUCCUCAUGUCGGCCACCAUCGACACCACCAUGUUCAGAGAGUACUUCUUCAACUGUCCCAUCAUCGAGGUGUUCGGACGCACCUUCUCUGUUCAAGAGUACUUCCUGGAGGAUUGCAUCCAGAUGACAAACUUCAUCCCUCCGCCGAUGGACCGAAAGAAGAAAGACAAAGACGAGGACGGAGGAGACGAAGACACGAACUGUAACGUGAUCUGUGGUUCGGACUACUCGGCCGAGACGAAGCGCUCCAUGUCUCAGAUCAACGAGAAGGAAAUGUCCUUCGAGCUGGUGGAAGCUCUGCUGAAAUACAUCGAGACGCUGCAGGUUGUUGGUGCUGUGCUCAUCUUCCUGCCGGGCUGGAACCUGAUCUACUCCAUGCAGAGACACCUGGAGACCAACCCGCACUUCUCGAGUAACCGGUACCGGAUCCUGCCGCUGCACUCACAGAUCCCCCGAGAGGAGCAGAGGAUGGUGUUUGAUCCGGUUCCAGACGACGUCAGGAAGGUGAUUCUGUCCACUAACAUCGCAGAGACCAGCAUCACCAUCAACGACGUCGUCUACGUCAUCGACUCCUGCAAGCAGAAGGUGAAGCUCUUCACCUCCCACAACAACAUGACCAACUACGCCACCGUCUGGGCCUCUAAGACCAACCUGGAGCAGAGGAAAGGUCGAGCCGGACGAGUCCGACCCGGAUUCUGCUUCCACCUCUGCAGCCGAGCACGAUUCGAGAGGCUGGAGACUCACAUGACUCCAGAGAUCUUCAGGACUCCGCUGCAUGAAGUCGCUCUGAGCAUCAAACUGUUGAGACUCGGCGCCAUCGGACACUUCCUGUCCAAAGCCAUCGAGCCGCCGCCGCUGGACGCCGUUAUCGAGGCCGAACACACUCUGAGAGAGCUGGAUGCUCUGGACUCCAACGAUGAGCUGACUCCUCUGGGUCGGAUCUUGGCUCGGCUGCCCAUCGAGCCUCGCCUGGGGAAGAUGAUGAUCAUGGGCUGCAUCUUCCAUGUCGGAGAUGCCAUGUGCACCAUCUCGGCUGCUACGUGUUUCCAGGAGCCGUUCAUCAGCGAAGGGAAACGUCUCGGCUUCGUUCACAGAAACUUUGCCGGCAGUCGUUUCUCUGAUCACGUGGCGCUGCUGUCCGUCUUCCAGGCGUGGGACGAUGUCAGGAUUAACGGAGAGGAGGCAGAGAGUCGUUUCUGUGAACACAAACGUCUCAACAUGUCGACUCUCAGGAUGACCUGGGAGGCCAAAGUCCAGCUGAAGGAGAUCCUGGUCAACGCUGGAUUUCCUGAAGAGAGUCUGAUGACCCAGAUGUUCAACACGGUCGGACCAGACAACAACCUGGACGUGGUGGUUUCUCUGCUGACGUUCGGCUCGUACCCCAACGUGUGCUACCACAAAGAGAAGAGGAAGAUCCUGACCACCGAGGGACGCAACGCCCUCAUCCACAAAUCCUCCGUCAACUGUCCGUUCAGCAGCCACGACAUGACGUACCCGUCUCCGUUCUUCGUCUUCAGUGAGAAGAUUCGAACCAGAGCGAUCUCAGCUAAAGGGAUGACUCUGGUGAGUCCUCUGCAGCUGCUGCUGUUCGCCUGUAAGAAGGUCAACUCCACCGGAGACGUGGUGGAGCUGGAUGACUGGAUCAAACUGACCAUCCCCCACGAGGUGGCGGGCGGCAUCAUGGCUCUGCGGGCCGGUCUGGAGGGUCUGGUGGUGGAAGUGACCAAAGACCCCGAAUACGUCCGACAGAUGGAUCCGACCAACGAACACCUGCUCAACGUCAUCAGACUAAUCUCCAAACCGUCAGCAGCUGGAAUCAACAUGAUGGCCACCAACCAGAGGAUGGGAGACGGUCCUCGCCCUCCAAAGAUGGGACGCUUUGAAGGAGGAGGUGGAGGAGGAGGAGGAUACAGAGGAGGAGGUGGAGGAGGUUACAGAGGUGGAGGAUAUGGAGGAGGGGGAGGAGGAGGAUACAGAGGAGGUGGAGGAUAUGGAGGAGGGGGAGGAGGAGGAUACAGAGGAGGUGGAGGUUACGGAGGAGGAGGAGGAGGAUACAGAGGUGGAGGUGGAGGUGGAUACAGGGGAGGUGGAGGAGGAUAUGGAGGAGGAGGAUACCGAGGAGGAGGAGGAGGAGGAGGGGGUGGGGGUGGAGGAGGAGGGUACAGAGGAGGUUAUUAACAUGAUAACAUCAUCAACAUUCACUCAUUUAUAAAAGCAGCAGAAUAAUCUCACAUGAACUGUUGAUUUUCUUUAGUUAUGAGAAAUAAAGUUUAAAAACAUGUUUAAUAAUCACGUGAAUCUGGAAAAAUGUGAUUUUUUUUCUGUACUUGUUUUAUUAGAAACGUGUUGUUGAUGUUUUUUGAUUGUAAUGUUUAUUUUAAUUGCUGUUUUGUCCCCAAUAAAACUUUGAUAUUCA